UGUCCAGCCCUGAGCCCUCGCGUAAUUUGCACGAACCCACACAAGGCAAAUUCAUCUUCAACAUUCCCUUACUCCCGUCCAACCAACUCCAACCCUCGAGCUCAACGCCCUCUCCCUCCCGACAAGAUGGAUUCCAGCAAGCAGCCCGUUAAGCUCGUCAAGGUGACCCGUGUCCUCGGCCGCACCGGAUCCCGUGGUGGUGUCACCCAGGUCCGCGUCGAGUUCAUGGACGACACCUCGCGUUCCAUCAUCCGUAACGUCAAGGGCCCAGUCCGCGUUGAUGACAUCCUGUGCCUCCUCGAGUCCGAGCGCGAGGCCCGCCGUCUCCGUUAAAAACCGCCAAAACGAAAUUUCGCUCGCGUCGUCUAUUUUGUCUCUUUUCUUCUCUCGCAUAUCCCUCACGACCGGUUUUUCAUGAUCACUCUUCGGCCAAAAACGUGUCCUCCGCUUUUCUUCUUUGCCGUACCUUCAACCUCCCCAACUUCCCAGCCCUAAACUGCCGCGCUGCCCGUCUUUCCGCCUAUCGACUGUCGCCUUUCUCCGACGUAUCGAAUGGAUGUGAAUUUAUGGGUGGAUUGACUUUUUGGUGUUAAUCUUUUGCUCCAAAAGUCCCGGAAGGUCGAUUUUGGAGAACCGAGCGCGAGAGAGAGAAGGAGAGAAUCGCAAAAUUCAAGAUUUAGAAAGCCUUUUUUCCCAACAAAUAUUAUUGAUAUGAGAAACGAAAUCAGGUUCUUUGCGCGAGGGCUGGUUUGUGGACUUUGUGGCAACGGUCUGGUCUGGUUUCGAUCUGGUGUUUUACUACAUUCGCACGUCCUUUUGACGUGUUUGCAUGGGCUCAAUGCGACAAACGAGGUUGUGAUGUUGUUUCCCUCUUCCCCCUCGUACUGGCUUCCUUGCUGGUACUUAAGAAGAAAAG